GGUGCUCCCGUCCCUGGGAAACUGGCUGCGACCGAGCUGCAGUUGUGCGCAGCUUCCCGUCUCUUCUCCCUAGAACCUCGACGCUGGGAAGCGGCGGCCGGCGGGAUGCAGAAAAGUAGGAUGAACCUGCCCAAGGGCCCGGACAGCCUGUGCUUCGACAAGGACGAGUUUAUGAAGGAAGAUUUUGAUGUCGAUCAUUUUGUGUCUGACUGUAGAAAGCGUGUACAGCUAGAAGAACUGAGAGAACACCUAGAACUCUACUAUAAACUUCUUAAAACAGCUAUGGUCGAGCUCAUCAAUAAGGACUAUGCAGAUUUUGUCAACCUUUCGACAAACCUGGUUGGCAUGGACAAAGCCCUUAAUCAGCUUUCUGUGCCCUUGGGACAGUUACGAGAAGAGGUCCUGAGUCUUAGAUCGUCUGUUAGCGAAGGAAUUCGGGCAGUAGAUGAACGAAUGUUUAAACAAGAGGACAUCAGGAAGAAAAAGAUGUGUGUAUUGAGGCUUAUACAAAUUAUUCGAUCAGUUGAGAAAAUUGAAAAAAUCUUAAAUUCUCAGAAUUCUAAAGAAACAUCUGCAUUAGAAGCAAACAGCCCACUUUUGACUGGACAGAUUUUGGAAAGAAUUGCCACUGAAUUUAACCAAUUACAGUUUCAUGCUAUUCAAAGCAAAGGCAUGCCUCUUAUGGACAAAGUAAGACCACGUAUAGCUGGUAUUACUGCCAUGUUACAACAGUCACUGGAAAGUCUUCUCUUAGAAGGUCUUCAAACGUCCAAUGUUGAUAUAGUACGACACUGUUUAAGGACCUACGCCACAAUUGAUAAGACACGGGAUGCAGAGGCAUUAGUUGGUCAGAUUCUAGUGAAACCAUACAUAGAUGAGGUAAUUGGAGAGCAGUUUGUUGAAUCUUAUCCAAAUGGCCUUCAGCUCAUGUAUGAUAAACUUCUGGAGUUUAUUCCUCACCAUUGCCACCUUCUUCGAGAAGUCACAGGAGGUGCUGUCUCAAGUGAAAAAGGCAAUACUGUUCCUGGGUAUGAUUUUUGGGUGAAUUCUGUCUGGCCAGAAAUAGUACGAGGAUUAGAAGAAAAUUUGCCCUCACUUUUUAAUCCUGGGAAUCCUGAUGUAUUUCAUGAGAAAUAUACCAUAAGUAUGAAUUUUGUAAGAGUAUUUGAACAGCAAUGUGGAUCGCAGGCCAGUGUAAAAAGAUUAAGAGUACAUCCUGCCUAUCAAAGCUUCAAUAAUAAAUGGAACUUGCCUGUUUAUUUUCAAAUAAGAUUUAGAGAAAUAGCAGGAUCCUUAGAAGCAGCAUUUACAGAUGUAUUAGAAGAUGCUCCAGCUGGAAGUUCCUAUUGCCUUUUGGCUUCUCAUAGAACAUGGAACAGCCUUCAGAGGUGUUGGUCAGAUGAACUAUUCUUACCAUUGCUUGCACAUCGUCUCUGGAGACUCACACUACAAAUUUUGGCUCGGUACUCUGUGUUUGUCCAGGAGCUUCUACUCAGGCCUGUCUCUAAUGGAAAUGCCAAGGAUGUUAAAAAGUUUUUGGUAACUGGUAACAAAGACCCUUUCAUUACCCAAGGAAAUAAUGAAGACCAGGGGAAUGGCUCUUCUGAAACAAAGCCUAUGGUUUCCAUUUCUAGCACUCAACUUGUAUAUGUAGUUGCGGACGUGGACAGACUUCAGGAACAGCUACCACAACUCUUGGAAACAAUCAAGCCAAAACUUGAAAUGAUUGGCUUGAAGAAUCUUUCUUCUGUCUCAGCAGCCCUGGAGGACUCCAAGAUGUCUUUGUCAGCCUGUAUCUCUCCCCUGAGUAAAAGGAUCAUUCAAGGUUUAAGUGAUUCUUGCUUCAGUUAUCUAAAAUGUGCUCUGGAGGUUCCCCGGCUUUACCGAAGAACCAAUAAGGAGGUGCCAACCACAGCUUCCUCUUAUGUGGACAGUGCUCUAAAGCCAUUUUAUCAGCUUCAGACAGAGUUCAAGAAUAAGCUCAGACAGGAAAUAAUCCAGCAGUGGUUGGAAAGUGCUCUCUCCGAGAGUACACAUAAGUACUAUGAAACUAUAUCAGACGUUCUGAACUCUGUGAAGAAAAUGGAGGAGAGCCUGAAAAGACUAAAGCAAGCCAGAAAGAACACUUCUGCCAACCCUACUGGUUCGGGUAGUAGUGGCAUGAGUGAUGAUGACAAAAUCAGGCUGCAGUUUGCCCUGGAUGUUGAGUACUUAGGAGAGCAGAUACAAAAGAUGGGGCUGCAAACAAAAGACAUCAGAAGUUUUCCAGCCCUUGCAGAGCUUGUUAUUGCUGCCAAGGACCAUGCAACAGCAGAGCAUUCAUAGGCAUCUUGGAAGAGCCCAAACAAAGAGGAAAGUUGAUCGUGUCUUCUUCCCAAGCUUCUGUGGCAAAGAAGUGCUUCCAUCCUGUCUCUAGCAACAUGCCAGCGCAGCACCUCUCAGUGUAUUUGGGACUUCUUUCACCCAGAUAAAAACACAAGGCCUUUUUCCAUUGUAUGGAAGAUUGUUUUUAAGACAUUUGAAACUUUCUACUAUAAUUUACAAAACAAAUUAUUUUAUUUUUAUUGUAAAUCUUAGUGAGAAAGAGCUGAUUUCUAAAAUAUGAUUAAAGUAAAUAUAAAAUAUUUACAGCAUAUAAAAAUAUAUGGGACUAUAAAGACUUUCUCCCUAAUCUUACAGUUGGAAGCGAAUAACUGUGGUGUGUAUUAUAUGGAAACUUCCUUCCCUAAGAUGAAAAUUCUGUUAUAUUCCAAGGAGCUAUAAAUGGUGCUUCUCUAUUCUCUCAGUGGGUAUAUAAGAACUGUAUUUCUGAUUGGUGUUCAUCACCCAACCCUCUUGUCAGGAGCUAAA